AUGCUAGUCGCGGGAUGUCGUGUCUCCGUGCCAGCGUCGGUCCUGCAAGGAGCCGGCCCUGGGAGUGGUGUCAUCGUGGACGCUGAUGUCAAAGGGGCAUGUUGGGUGCGACGGAGCAACAAUGGAAUUCCUCUGGACAUGACGAAAACGACGCUAAUCGACGAUCUGUUACUGACAGCUGAAGACCCACGAGACGAAAUUCUUCUGGACCGCAGCUGCAUUAGACCGCACUUCAUCAACGGCCCCAUUGACAUCAAACUUGGAGACCGAGUUGUCAUCAUGAACGGUCAUCACCACAAACGGGUGGCAAGGGUAGAACGCAUCCACAGCGCACGACAACCUCCCAUGCUAACACUGUUGGACGACAGAAUACCAAUCCACAGCGUGGCGCUGUGUAAUGUGGCACGAUUAUUUCUACCUGGUGACCCCGUAAAGCUAAAUUACGGGGCAUAUGCUGGUGCGCGAGGCAAAGUAGAAGGGACGUUUGCUCUCAGACAGCUGCAAGAAGGCCUACAUCAAUUUCCCCACGGUGGACUCCGCAUUCUACUUAACGACGGAACGAAAGUCGAUGUGCCAACGCAAUUCGCACAACUUGACGUAAAAAUACUCGUAUCCAGUAACCCCGCAAUACCCAUACGAGUGGAAGAUCACUGGCUCAGCCACCCCUCUUUGAGCGGCGUACAACUACACGUACGCAUAGCACCGAUACUCAGAGGCAGGAUCUCGGAGACGUUGGCGCGUGCGAUCGGUAAAGAGGGAGUCACGGUGCUCACUGAACCUCUCACCCCCUACAACUUCAGCACUCCGCUCACGGUUUCAAUAAAUGAAACCUCAAGGAAGAUCCGGGUAGCAGCGGAAUGGCUGCUCCCUGUACAUGAGCCAACAAACAACGAGAGAGGAGACCAAAUAGCAGUGGUAAUAGGCGAAACCAGCGAAGGCAAUAAGAUGUACAUUGGACGCCACGUCAUCGUCGUUAGUGCAGAUGCGGAAGGGCGAAAAGAGGUUCUUUUACUGGACGAAGAUAUGGACAAAGGCACAACCAUAGAGUUCCCUCACACCUCCCUUUGCGGCACCCCAACGGCAACUACUUGA